AUGUUUGGCAGCAUCAAUCAGUGGCGUAUCGAAAAGCAACAACAACAGCAACCGCACAGUCCACAGCCAACACUACAAAAAGCAUAUAAAAACGAGAAGAGAAAGAGGGAGAGUCAAACUCAGUCGGCGAGAACGCGUUGUGUGCGCUGCGGUAGGAUAGAGCGCUUCAAGUGUACUGGGGACGGCAUGGCCAUUAGCCGGGGACGCGGCAAACGCACGCACUCUUGGUUUCUACUCAAAGAUUCGGUGAUAUUCGCGUUAGUGUUAUGCGUGCUACAGUUGCUGCAGGCAUAUGCGCUAAGUAAACUAGUGAUAAGCGCGGAGAUGCUGCAAGCUGUCGAAGGUGGUGGCGUAAAUAAGCGACGAGCUGAUAAUAACGCCACCGCGGACCGUAAAGAACUAGGCGCCGUGGAGCCCGCGAUGACGGAGUUUGUGGAGACAUUACUGCUUGGUCAACAAACGGUAGGGGAAACCAAAGAAGCGGCUGAGAAGUAUGCGAGUACCGGCACCAGUAUUAGUAUGAGCCACAAGAGUAGUAGGAUUAGCAAUAGUGAUAGGAUUAGUAACGAUAGUUUAAGCAAUGGCAGUAAUAACAACACAACCACCACAUCAGAUAAGUCAGCGCUGAUUGACGCGCAUAAAUCAAGCGAUAAGCGAGUUGGCAAGCCGCAAGCCAUAAAUGAAAACGAUAUACAAGCGCUGAACAACAUCGCAAAUAUACACAACAACACACAGCGUAUGCUUGCGGUGAGUGCCGCGGCCACAGCCGCCGGCGUUAGCAAGACUCACCAAGCAACGCCAACGACCGUGAGUGCUCACGAUGCCGCCGCAAAUGGCACUGACAGCAAGCAAACACAGCGCGCGGUCAUCAACAUGCCCGAGCAGAUACGUGAGAACAUCGUGUUGUCAUCUGUCGAUCCGGAAAAGGAGGCGCAAUUGUUGUACGAGCAAACAUUGCUGGAGUAUCAUGGCAGCAUGCAGGCAGCCGCGGCGGCAAGCAGUUCACCAUCAGCGGUCACAGCUGAUAAGCCAACGGCGGAGGAGAGUGGGCGUACGUCACUACUGGAGGGAACCAGCGCAGAACGGCCACCACGCACGCUGCACAGCGUUUGCGAAGUGUGGACGCAGAAGCAUUGUCACUGCACCGGCACACUGGAGCGGCUGUCGCUGAGUUGCCGGGGUAUCGGCGUUGUUGCGGUGCCGGUGGAGCUGCCAGACACCGUUGUGACCUUAGAUUUGGGCAACAACAACAUAACUAUAUUUGAGGCUAAUACAUUUUUUAUGGUACCUAACCUCGAAGAACUAACUUUAUCCGACAAUAGCAUCAUUAAUAUUGAUCCGAAUGCAUUUUAUGGACUUGGUAAAUUGAAACGUUUGAAUUUACAAAAUUGUGGCCUUAAAUCGUUGCCGGCGCACACAUUUCAAGGAUUGAAGAAUUUAAUUUCACUCCAGCUGAACGGCAACGCCUUAGCCAGCAUGGACACUGACAGCCUCCAGCAUCUGCCCAAGCUACGCACGCUCCGGCUCGAGGGCAAUCUGUUCUAUCGGAUACCGACAAACGCUUUGGCUGGAUUAAAGACACUCGAAGCACUAAAUCUUGGCAGCAACCUUCUGACAAUAAUUAACGAUGACGACUUCCCACAUAUGCCAAAUUUAGUGGUGCUUCUUUUGAAGCGAAAUCAAAUAAUGAAGAUCUCCUCGAGUGCAUUUACGAAUCUGACGGCGUUGAAAGUGUUGGAAUUGGAUGACAACUUAAUCAACAGCCUGCCAGAGGGUUUGAACAAACUGACGCAUUUGCAAGAACUAUCAGUUACCAGCAAUCGCUUGCGUUGGAUCAAUGAAACGGAUUUGCCGAGAAAUUUACAAACGAUUGAUUUUCGUGCGAAUCCGCUUUCCAUAAUCAUGCCGAAAGCGCUGCGCGGCAUGACGAGAUUGCGAAAAUUAAUUCUAUCCGAUGUGCGUUCACUCAAGGUUUUCCCUGAUCUCGACGGCUGCUUCUCAUUGGAGGUUAUAAAACUAGAUCGCGCCGGUAUCAAAGAAGUGCCCGCCAAUUUGUGUCGUCAAACAGCAAGACUGAAAAGCUUAGAGCUAAAAACGAAUUCCUUAGUACGCAUUCCCACUUUAGCCAAUUGCAGAGAAUUAAGACUGUUAGAUCUUUCGAGUAAUUACAUUGAAUCUCUUAGUGGGCGACCCUUCGCCGGCCUUAAACAACUCCACGAUUUGGUGCUCUCAUAUAAUCGCAUAAAAGCGAUACCUUACGAUGCCUUCUUCGGCAUACCACGUUUGCAGUUGUUAGACUUAGAAGGUAAUGAGAUCACCACCAUACACAAAGAAGCCUUUAUGCCUUUCGCCAAGUUGGAGGACCUAAAUUUGGGCAAUAAUAUUUUUCCCGAGCUGCCGUCGGCUGGUCUAAGCAAACUGCUGCAUUUAAAGACUUUCAACAAUCCGAAGCUGCGUGAGUUCCCUGCGCCAGACACGUUCCCACGCAUUCAAACGCUCAUACUUUCGUACGCUUACCAUUGUUGCCCUUUCAUACCGUUAGUGGCGAUGUCGGCGGCCAAAAAGCCCCCACUUGUACAAGAAGCUGUACUCUUUCCAUCCGAUUCGGAGUUCGACAUGAGCUUGUGGAACAAUAGCAUGAUGGAUAUUUGGCCGCAGCUGCAGAACCUCAGCAAAAAGUUUGGCAAUCAAAUGCAUGACAUUUGGGAUAAUUUCGGUCAGGACUUUAAUUACCCCGGAAAUAUACCAACUUAUGUCGAGGAAUACUUCGAAGAAGACGGCACAGGCACGACGACGAGUUCAAUGAGCAUGAGUAGCAGUUUUGCCGGUUUCAGUAAUGGUCUCUUCGGCACAAUGGACAUUGACAUAGCACCAGGCUCCAUACAAUGUCUACCAAUGCCCGGUCCGUUUUUGCCCUGCUCCGAUCUCUUCGAUUGGUGGACUUUGCGUUGUGGCAUUUGGGUUGUUUAUUUACUGGCAUUGCUAGGUAACGGUACCGUUAUUAUAGUGCUGUUAUUCUCACGUUCGAAGAUGGAUGUUCCGCGCUUUCUGGUGUGCAAUUUGGCUGCCGCAGAUUUCUUAAUGGGCAUUUACCUCGGCACUUUGGCCAUUGUAGACGCUGGCACGUUGGGUGAGUUUCGCAAGUUUGCCAUUCCCUGGCAGAUGUCGCGCACGUGCCAGUUUUCUGGUUUCAUGGCAGUGCUGUCGUCAGAGUUGUCGGUUUACACGCUUGCGGUGAUUACCCUAGAGCGUAAUUAUGCGAUAACCCAUGCGAUACACCUCAAUAAGCGUCUAUCGCUGCAUCAGGCCUCAUACAUCAUGGCUGCGGGUUGGACUUUUGCGCUAAUCAUGGCUACUUUGCCGUUGUUGGGCGUCUCCGACUAUCGAAAGUUUGCUGUAUGCUUGCCGUUCGAGACCACAACCGGCGUGGCUAGUUUGACGUAUGUCAUUGCGUUGAUGUUCAUUAACGGUUGUGCUUUCCUGACGCUUAUGGGCUGCUAUUUGAAAAUGUACUGGGCCAUACGUGGCUCACAAGCGUGGAAUAGUAAUGACUCACGUAUAGCAAAGCGAAUGGCACUACUUGUCUUUACCGAUUUUCUUUGUUGGUCGCCCAUAGCAUUCUUUUCCAUCACUGCCAUUUUUGGCCUGCAACUAAUCACGUUGGAGCAAGCCAAGAUCUUCACAGUAUUUGUGCUGCCAUUAAAUUCGUGCUGCAAUCCUUUUCUCUAUGCCAUCAUGACGAAGCAAUUCAAGAAGGAUUGCAUAACGCUGUGCAAACAUUUUGAGGAGACGCGUGUUACGCGCGGUGCAGUUGCCGCCAACACAGCACUAGCCGGUGGUCUGAGUCGACGAGGCGGUGUGCGCAUGCCGAAAGAACUGCCGCCCUUGCUGCCUGCCGCGCAUCCACCCGGUUGUCGUUGCUUGCGGAUGAUGCCCAAUGAAAUGCCGAAUUGGCAUAAAUUACAAGAGCGCGAUCAACGGCGUGACUCGUGGAUUUGCUUAACGUGGCAUCGCUUAGCAGUCUGUUGUCAUUGCACCGAUCCAGACGACGACGACGACGAUGACGCAUUGACACCAGAGCGACGCCGCCUCGACGGACGCCGGACACGCAAAGCGAACAAAUCGAAUCAUCGUCAUGCGCGUACACGUUCGCGCAAUGCCAAUACCGAACCGUACCUUUAUCAGUUCGCUGAGCUAAAGCAAAAACAGAAGCAGACACGCGCCAGCUCGAUAUCUAGUGAGAACUUCUGUUCAUCACGUUCGUCUAGUUGGCGCAAUGGCCCACCAUCGGCGGGCGCGCUGCCGCACACUUGCAACAUACCACUCAAGAUGAUGGAUCCGAAUCGGCGAAGACAUUCGGCGUGGCUGAUAACACGAAAAACUUCGCAAGACUCAAAUUUGUCGAGCUCACGCAAUGACAGCUCCGCUUCAGCCACAACGGCGAGUACGUCAACGUUCCGAUUGUCGCGUUCAAGUGCGGGCAGCACGACGCCGCUGCCAUCAAUCAUGGCGCACAGCAGCAAAUCACAGCAACAGCAACUGCAGCAACACGCGUCAAUGCCCGCCAAGCCGCGCCUUGUGCGUCAAGAGGCUGUGCAAGAAGAGGAAGACUCAUCGCCGCCGCGUCUUGGUGUACGUUUUCUGCCCACCAUACCAUCAGCGGCCGAUAGUUCCAUUGUCAUGGAAGAUGGCGAUUCAGCCAUGAAUGUCGCCAGCGUCAUGGGCAUGCCACUGCCAGGCGCAGCUAGCGGCUUCUACACUGUGCUACAGGCGCAGAGCGGCGGCGCCGCCAAAACACUGCUCACCACCGCGACCAGUCCACCCAAGGAGACACAACCGCCAUGACACUGCUUCGUAUGCAGCAGCAUACCACCAAUAAUUGAUAACAAUGUUAAACGUUGUUGUUGUAUUAGUGAGGCAUUUCUUUGACGCUUUUACAGUGCCGAACCCUUCAAGUACUUUCUUCGUGGUGCGUGUCGGCGCUGUAUGUGCGUAACGCUAUUAUGCUUUGUACGCGUUUAUUUCUAGUUUAAAGUGUUAAGAAUGAGCGAAUUUCCUACGCCGACCAUGUAACGCAUAUAAAGUAGUUACCAUUAUUUAUAAAUUAUUGUUUAAGUACAACAAUUACAAAAACAUGUAGGUAGACAAUUUGUACAGUAGCCGUUAGAAAUGCGUGUUUGUAUGUUUGUACGUAUAUAUUUAGCCCUAAGCUGCUCAAAUGAUGAAUCAGAUUUAUCGUUUGAAUUACACAAGUUGUUUGUAUGUAUGUAUAUACGUAUGUAAUGCUGAGUGCUAAGCGUGACUUAACCGACUCAGCUCCGCUACGUGCUUAGCUUUCUUCUGCGCACGAUAUCAUGAACAUUUCCCAUCAGCAGUUUAGCACUUCCAUCGCGUUUCCCCUGCUCUCCUUUGUGUACUGAUGUUUAUAGUUAAAGUGUACCUCCACAGUUUGGUUGUCAUCCAAGUUACAAAGUUUAAUUUAUUUAUUUAUUUUUUUAAAAUAUGCAAAAAAAGAAACAAUUAUUACCAACCCUUCCUAGAUUUAUUUUUAUGUAUGCCACAAUGUCAAGUCACGUCGGCGAGUGCGGGAAAAUCGAAAGCUUAUGAAAUUUUUUGUUAUUCCAUAACAUCGGUAUAUAUGUAUGUACAUAUAUAUCGUCACUUAAAACGCAAAAUAACGUAACUUCACUUUUAAGUUUACAGACGAAAGAAAAUCGAUAAUAAUACAGGGAAGUCGAAAAAAUAUUUUCGUAUUUUACAACAACCUAGUAUGUUCAAUAAGUUUUGUCGUUUGUUUAGAAAAACACAAUUUUAUGAUUCAAAAUGCACUUUAUUAUUCGGCAUAAUCUCCAUGAAUAUUAAUACACUUGUUCCAACGAUCCUCCAAUCUGUGAAUCCCAUCCCUGAAGUGAGAGUCCGAAGUGUCUGCAAAAUACGCUUCAAUGGCCGUUCUGACCUAUUCAUUUGUUGAAAAAUGCUUGCCACGCAUACAUUUUUUGAGUUCUGGACACAAAUAAAAGUCGCUUAGGGGCAAAUCUGGUGAAUGCGGUGCAUGAUCUAACAAUUCGAAUUUUAAUUUAUGGAUUUUAGCCAUUGUCAAAAUGACGAAAAAGGAUUUGUUUCUUCUGCAAACCGUGUUUUUUUUUUACGAAUUUUUUCCUUCAACUGCUCUAAUAGGUUGCAAUAAUAUUCAAACUUAAUUUGUUUACCAAUUUGAAAGUAAUCCACAUACAAAAUUCCUCUUGCAGCACAAAAAACUGAUGCCAUACCUUCUUGGCCGAUUUCCAGACACGAAUUCGUUUCGAAGCCGAACAACCAGGUUUAAA